GACGUAAAAACUUAAAAUUUAAAAAAAUGCCUGGAUUGUUAGCAAAAACUUCUGCUUCGGGACAUGGAGCUGACAUCACGGGACUUGCUUAUUGCCCGAAAAAUAAUCUUCUUUAUACUUCAGGAGGCGAUGGAAAAGUUUUGGUAUGGGACAAAGAAUGCAACUUGAAGAAAGAAAUUGUCGCGCACGAAGGUUGGAUUUACUGCAUUGCCGUCUCGAACAACGGAAAAGUUUACACGGGAUCCAACGACGGCACAAUUAAGAUGAUCGAAAAUGCGCUCGGCGACAAAUGCGAAGCCGUUCAAAUCUGCAAAACGAUGGAUGAGAUCGAAUCGCUGUACGUUCACGGCGAUACCUUGUACAGCGGCGAUGACAAAGGUGUCGUUGCGUUCUUCGAAAACGACAAAUUCAUGUCACGCAUCGAAACUUCCGAAGAAGUAAAGGGACUCAUUGCUGAAAAAGGCUUCAUUUACACGAUUCGCGAUCGAGAUUUGUCCAUUUUUGCCGCAGACACGAGCAAAAAAGUCGCUGGAUUACAACAUCGUGCGGCAAUUCCGGGCAGCGCGCCAAUUUGCAUCUUCGGACCAGUUGAAAAGGAGAAACAAAAAUACAUUGGUAUGUUGAUGCGACAAGCAAAAGGUCUUCAAGUCAUCAAAAAUCAUCCAGAUGAAAAGUUUGCGGUGUUAUGUGAAAAAGACAAUGUACACGAGAUGCUCAUAAAUGCUUUGACGGGCAUCGAUCAUUUCAUGUUCUCCGCAGAUUACGUUGGAAAAGUGAAGAAAUGGAGUGUUGAAAGCGGAAAACUCGAAUUAAUCGCAGAACUUGAUGCUUGCCCGGGCGUUUGUAUUAAUGCGAUUAAAGCAAUUGACGCAAAUACUGUGUAUAUUGGAUCCAGCGAUGGAUUGUUGAGAAAAUUGACAUUUUGAGUGUUUGUGAAUUAUCGUUAGUUUGUACCUUGUUGC